AUGUUACAGACCCUGAGAAUCGAUUGGUCAGAAGCACGCAGGCCGAUGAUCUACCCACAGCCACAGCCAAGGCAGAGACCUGGCCAGAUGCAGAAAGUUUUCGCUCUUCUUUCCAAAUUACUGCUUAGUCCCAUUCGCCUGCUUUCGGCAGAGUAUGGGGAAAUCAUGUCAGGUAUGCAGCUAUCCCACGUGCAGUUGGCAGCCCGGGCGUGCUGCGAGACUCCAGAUCAGAGGGUCGCUCUCAUGGUACGAGAUUUAGAUUUCACUGAGGUUCAGGGUGCAGAUAUUUUUGCUUUUGAGGGCGGCGAAGAAGUUGAAACGGUUUUCCAAGACAAGCUCAUGUUGACUCACGCGGGUAAAUCGGCCCUUAUAUAG